AUGCAUAUCAUAAAAAUAUUCAUUUUGGUAAUUACUACUUUUCUUAUAAAUAAUUUAUUUGAAAGUAAGACUUUCGUAGAAUGUGGAAAGAUACCAGUAUCAUAUGUUACGAAGCAAAUGGGAAAAAUAAAAAAUAAAAUCAUACAAGAAAGGCCCAAAAAAAAAACAAAUAAUAAUAUCCUUAAAUAUAUUGGUAUGACAAUAAUGAGUAUUGCUUUUGCUUCUGCUGGAUUUUAUUAUAUAGCAAAAACUUGGAACAAUAAUAAAGUAAAAAUAAAAAAAGAAGAAGCAAAAGAAGAAUAA